AUGCUCAUAAAGCUAAAUGUGAAUGUACAUAGUAAAUACCUAUGUACUGGUUGCUGUGAGUCAAGAUAUAUAAUUUUCUCUUUUAAUGUGUGGAGUAAUUUUUUUUUUUUUCUGGACCACCUAGUAUUUUCCCUCAGCGUUUUUGGUGAUUUCUGUGAGCAUGUGUGCGUGCUGUCCUGUCUGACUGUUUGCAACCCCAUGGGCUGUAGCCCGCCAGGCUCUUCUAUCCAUGGAAUAUUCAAGGCAAGAAUACUGAAAUGGGUGGCCAUUUCAUUCUCCAGGGAAUCUUCCCAACCCAGGAUCGAACCGAUGUCUCCUGUGUCUCCUGCAUUGCAGGCAGAUUCUUUCCCUGAUGAGCCAUCGAGGAGGCCCCGAUUCCUUUGA